AUGUCCGGUAUGGACUUUUUAGAAGACCACAUUUUCUCUAAGAAAACGGGGAUACGCAAAGAUUUUUUUCGUAUUCUCGAACACGAAACGUUCGGUGUAGUAGGUUCUAUCUAUCUAUCUAUCUAUCUAUCUAUCUUUUUGUCUAAUAUCUCAAUUUAUUCAUAUCUAUCUAUCUAUCUAUCUAUCUUUUUGUCUGUCUAUUUUUUAAUAGAUAAAAAUUGUGGUGGUAAAAAAGAGUGUAUGUGUAUAGAAUAUCUCAAUUUAUUCAUAUCUAUCUAUCUAUCUAUCUAUCUAUCUAUCUAUCUAUCUUUUUGUCUAAUAUCUCAAUUUAUUUAUAUCUAUCUAUCUAUCUAUCUAUCUAUCUAUCUAUCUAUCUAUCUAUCUAUCUAUCUAUCAUUUUGGCUGUUUGCCUCUCAGUUCACUCAUUUCUAUCUAUCUAUCUAUCUAUCUAUCUAUCUAUCUAUCUAUCUAUCUAUCUAA